GAGGAUGAGUAAGAGUAAAACAAUUGAGUUGUAUGGAUUCGCUUAUAAUGUGACCGUGCCCGAUGUAAAGAGAUUUGUAGAGCAGUAUACCAGGGAAGGAAGUGUGGUUGCUAUGAAGAUAAGGGAAUGCAAAGGCCAUACUCGAAAAGCAUUUGCAGUUAUUCAAUUCGCUACUGCAAAACUUGCUACAUACAUGAUGGCCUUACCUAACAGAACUUUGUCACCAUUGCGAUAUAGGAACUCCUAUUUGAAACUUCGGGAAAUGGAAAGAGAUAUUGAUCCAAAGCUAAGGGAUGUUUUGGACAGUUUGGAUAAUGUGAAAAUGUAUUUUGGCUAUCAGAUCUCCAAGGAAAGGUUCUUUGUUUUAUGGAGAAAUGUGGAUGUUUGUGUAGACUUUGGGAUUGGGAUGAGAAAGUUGAAAUUCUCUAUGUGCCAUAACGAUAGAAAGUUCAAACUCGAGCUUUCGUAUGAGAAUAUUUGGAAGAUUGAGCUGCAUCGACCGCGGGAUAAAACUGCAAAGUAUCUCCUGAUUCAGUUGAUUGGUGCUCCUCGGGUUUUUGAGCUUUGCAUUCCUACUUCAGAUGAUGUAUAUAACGUAUACGAAGAUCCUUUGAAGAAUUAUUAUAAAAAUUUCCCCGAUGAGCAAUGCAUCCGUUCGAUAGAUUUCACUCCUUUUAGUUGUAUUGGGCAGUCUUCGGCUCUAUGUCUAGAGCUUCCCAGUCAUAGAGAUUUUCCGAAUUUCAGGGAAAACUUUGCUCAUUACGAGGAAAUUGAGGGACAAUACACUUUGGAGAACGGAACACCUUUUUCUCACAAUUUGGAUGUUGUCCCUAUUGUUGCUCCUCCUCAAUGCAUUUAUAUUCCAUUUGAUAUCUUGUUUAAAGUAAAUUCAUUGGUUCAGCAUGGUUGUGUUUCGGGUUCUGAACUUGAUAAUGAUUUCUAUCGGCUAGUUGAUCUGCUUAGAAUCAAUGCAGAAGUUAUCAAGCAUGCUUUAGAAAAGAUGUACUAUUCAAAGGAUUUCUGUUAUGAACCCGCGAGAUGGCUGGGAGAUCAGUACAUUAUGUACAUUAUUACAAAUAAUGUACCUCGGUCACCGUAUAUAUCUUUGGGCAACGGGUUGGUAUAUGUUCGCAGGGUUCAGAUAACACCAUGCAAAAUAUACUUUUGUGGUCCAGAGAUUAGUGUCUCAAAUCAUGUUCUCCGUCAUUUUCAUAUUCAUAUUGAUAACUUUCUACGCGUGUCAUUUGUUGACGAGGAGUUGGAUAAACUGCAUUCAGCAGAUUUAUCUUCACGCACUUCUGAGAGUAGGAGAACUGAGAUAUACUAUAGAAUUCUUUCCAUCCUUAGAAAUGGCAUAAAGAUUGGUGAUAAGAAGUUUGAAUUUCUAGCUUUCUCGUCAAGUCAGUUGCGUGAAAAUUUCUUGUGGAUGUUUGCUCGUACAAAAAAUGGACUUACUGCUGAUGCCAUAAGGUAUGUGAUGGGAGAUUUUAGCCGGAUAAGAAAUGUGGCUAAAUAUGCUGCUAGGCUCGGACUACCUUUAGGCUCAUCUACUGAAACUCUAAGUGUUGGGUGGAAUGAAAUUGAAAUUAUACUUGAUGUGAAGGUUAAACGCGGUUCAACCAAUUAUGUCUUUUCUGAUGGAAUUGGGAAGAUAUCUCUUGAACUUGCCCGGACCGUGUCAAAAAAGUGUGGUCAUGAUUCUAUGCCAUCUGCAUUUCAGAUUCGGUAUGGCGGAUGCAAAGGAGUUGUGGCUGUUGAUCCAACCACAUCAGUGAAGUUGUCACUGAGGAAAAGCAUGCACAAGUUUGAUUCAAAUAACACAGUAUUGGAUGUUUUGGCAUGUAGUAAGUUUCAGCCUUGUUAUCUGAAUCGACAGCUGAUUACUCUCUUAUCCACUCUUGAUGUCGAGGACAGUGUUUUUGAGAAAAAACAAAAAGAAGCUGUUUAUCAACUAAACACAAUACUAACAGAUUCAACAAAGGCACACGAGGUUUUGGACUUGAUGUCUUCCGGGGAGGUCACUAAUAUUCUGAAGGAGAUGCUUAUUUGUGGCUACAAGCCUAAUGUCGAACCAUUUCUUUCAAUGAUGCUGCAGACAUUUAGGGCAUCAAAGUUAUUGGACUUGCGACAGAAAACUAGGAUAUUUAUUCCAAAAGGAAGAGCAAUGAUGGGAGUUGUAGAUGAAACUAGAACACUAGAAUAUGGUGAAGUUUUUGUUCAAUAUUCUAACAAUAGGCUCAGCAAUCUUUCUAAUGUAGUUAAAGGUAAGGUAGUAGUAGCGAAAAACCCCUGUUUGCACCCUGGCGAUGUUCGUGUUUUGAAGGCUGUGGUAGUGCCAGCUUUGCGCCACAUGGUGGAUUGUGUUGUUUUCCCUCAAAAAGGUCACAGGCCACAUCCAAAUGAAUGUUCUGGAAGUGAUCUAGACGGGGACAUCUACUUCGUUUGUUGGGAUUCUGAAUUGAUUCCACCUAGAACAAUUGAACCAAUGGAGUAUGAUUCUUCCCAACCUAUUGUAUUGGAUCAUGAUGUGGAGAUUAAGGAGGUGGAGGAGUAUUUUGCCAAUUACAUACUCAAUGACAGUCUUGGAAUAAUUGCGAAUGCUCACACAGUCUUUGCAGAUAAAGAACCUGGUAAAGCAAUGUCUGAGCCAUGUAUUGAACUUGCAAAGCUAUUCUCAAUAGCAGUUGACUUUCCAAAAACCGGUAACCCUGCAGAAAUACCUCCUCAUCUUUUCGUCAAACAAUAUCCAGACUUCAUGGAAAAGCCUGACAAAACCACCUACAAAUCAAACAAUGUAAUAGGAAAGCUUUUUAGAGAAAUUCAAGGAAUUUCAACAAAGGGUGGUUCCAUUACAUCCUUCACACUUGAACUGGCCAUAAAGUCGUACGAUCCCGAAAUGGAAUUCGACGGCUUUAUGGACUAUGUCGAUGAUGCCUUCUAUCACAAAACCAAUUAUGACUACAAGUUGGGAAAUCUGAUGGACUACUACGGUAUAAAAACUGAAUAAGAAAUCAUUAGCGGGAAUAUCAUGAAAAUGUCGAAAUCUUUCACCAAAAGAAGGGAUGCAGAUGCAAUUACUAUGGCCGUAAGGUCUUUAAGGAAAGAGGCGAGAAGCUGGUUCAAUGACGGCGGUGCUGGUGUAGAUUCUGUGAGUGAUGUUGCAUAUGCAAAAGCUUCUGCUUGGUAUUUUGUUACUUAUCAUCCAAGUUACUACGGUUUAUACAAUGAAGGUAUGAAUAGGGACCAUUUUCUAAGCUUUCCAUGGUGUGUUUACCAUUUGCUUGUAAAAAUCAAGAAGGGGAAAGCGAGGACGAGGAUGCAUUCCAGCUUGGAACAAAUUUUUACUUUUAGUCAUGUGCUGCGUCUUGAUUGACAACUCUGCUUAUAGUUAUUGAACUUUGCAUGUUCAUAUUUAUGGUAAUGUAAUGUUAAGAUAUAUAAUGUUG